CAAUUAGCGGUGGCGAGAGCAGGACCGGGGUCUGGAAUGCUGCGAUCUGAUUGGUCCCAACGCAGAACUCCACCGUUCAGCGCUCCCAUAUAAACCCGUGCAGACUUAACAUCGGUGCGAUCUGUCAUGCAAGUCCAAAGGAUAGUGAGGUGUCCAGUGUAGGGAAGCCGCCGGCGUAGCCUACUUGUACCAGCCUACAUUCACAUUUGGAGCGCUCUUCUUAUGAACUGCACACGGAGCGGGAGGCGCCUUUUUACGUUUAGUUCUAUUAUCUGUGUUGAGAGGACGAUGCCUCUGAGGACCGGACUUUUUCUCCUGAUGGUGCUGAACGCAUCUGCGAACGAACUGGAUCAGAACGAGUCCUAUUCGCCCAGGAGAGCACGCUUCUCCGCCAAUAGCCCUUAUGUGGCACGCUGUCUCAACAGUGCCCUCCAAGUUGGCUGCGGAGCCUUCGCCUGCCUGGAGAACUCGACUUGCGAUACAGAUGGCAUGCAUGACAUCUGCAAGUCCUUCCUAUAUAGUGCUGCUAAAUUUGACACUCAGGGUAAAGCGUUUGUGAAGGAGAGCCUUAAGUGCAUUGCCAAUGGCAUCACCUCCAAGGCGUUCCCCACCAUUCGCCGCUGUUCCACCUUCCAAAGAAUGAUAUCCGAGGUCCAGGAGGAGUGUUACAGUAAGCUGGACAUCUGCACUGUUGCCAGGUCCAACCCGGACGCUAUUGGUGAAGUGGCACAGCUACCGACUCACUUCCCAAAUAGGUUUUACGGUAAGCUGCUCCAAAGCCUGAUGGACUGCGACGAGGACACGGUGGACCGCGUCCGGACCAGCAUGGUGUCGCGGCUGGGCCCAGAGAUGACCAUGCUCAUUCAGCUGCUGCAGAACAAGCCUUGCCCAUCCACCGCUGUGGCUGCAGCUGCCGCUAUCCCAACUGGAGUGGAGGGCCGUGGGAGCUGGCGCUGGUCCAUGGGUCCCCAUAUGUACAAGAUCCAGCCUAAUCUGCGAAACAGAGACUCUGCCAGUAAUUUUGGCAAAAAGCGCCCCAGCAGCGACGGCUCCUAACUUCCACUCAGAUUCAGAAAACACUCCUCACAACAUAACAAAGCUCCUCUAUUCCCUAGGGGUGAUGCAAAUCCGUCCUCUAGACGGGAAGUCAAAGAAAUAUGCACUUCUAGGGAAUGCUGGAACGUCCAUAGAGUUGAUAUCAAGAGUUUGAUUGUUGUUAUAUUGUAUAUCCUACACUUUAGGCUUGAGAGAACCUCCUCCUCCAUCGACCGUUUUCAGAUGUGUCCGCUCACAGUUGUUGUUGGACAUGUGGCUGUUGCAUCCUUGCAACGUAAUCCUGUUCGCUCCUCUUCACCUCCUCCGGCAGAGAUGAGUCCUCAUGGCGCCUUUUGAUGCCGGAAGAAAAAAAAAAAAAAAAAAGGCAGCCAUAGUUUCUCACAUCUCUAGAGCACAAGUCCACAGUUUCAAAGAAAACAACACAACCCCCUAAUUGUGACAUUAGAUCAUGAAUAGAAAUCUUUUAGCUGGGAAAUUGUUGGUAGAUGUAUCUAAUAUUCUCAGUCAAAUGUGAGCAUGAGAUGUGGAGAGUUCAUAUCAAUAUUGUGACACUUACAUAAGACUUAAAUGUACUGUAUAAUGGGUUAUCUGAGACAGCCAUAGCUAGCCCUCUGAAUGACAGCGCUCACACGGAGUGAGGUCUGUGAGUUUCACGGCAACCUUUGACAGGUUCCCUAAAACUGACCAAAAAACUUCAAACUGCCCUGAAUGCCAUUCAUAAAAUACCAAAAUAGUGUAUAGCUAUAGCACUUAUAUAUUUUUUGCUGAUGGCAGGCGUAGCCGUGUUUUCAAAUCGCUGUCCUGCACGUUGAGAAUCGUCCGGGUCGUCAGAAUAACCUCCACUUUGCAUUUCCUGUAUUGCGGGCGCGUUUAAUGCGUAGGACUGUUGAACUCCACACGUGGGACCAUGGUUAGCUAAACCUUAAACCGUUUCCUUGAGCGAGUUUGAAGCGGUCGUGUGCGUGCAGUAGCUGAUUAGCCCGUUCGCCGAUGAGACUGAGAGCAGCCAUCUCCAUGGACUGAUGAUGAUCAUUCUCUGAGGUUAAUCUCAUGACAUACACACUGGCUAACAGUGUCAAGAUAGAGAAUGACUAUUUAAAGAAGCCUUGUUGGAAUGAUAUUUAUUUUCCUACUAUAUUAUUUAAUUCUUUUUUUGAUGCAUUAAUGUAGUUUUAGUUAGUUUACAGAGUUCAAAGCAGUUCAGUCAUGGCUCCUAUUUAAACGUGAGCUCUAAGCCAAAAAAACUAAACACAAGAGCUAACACUCUGGUGACUGAAUGGGACCCAUGUCAUGACUCUGUGCUGGCCAUAGGGGAACAAGGUCGGUCAUUCCGUUCAGCUAAUCAGUCUGAUGGGUGUUGAAAGGGACCACAACGAAAACUACAGCUUCACUCGAUUUCUGAAAAGAAAAAAACAAUAAAACAAAAACGCAACGCUUCUGGAGCUGCUGGGUGCUGUCGUUCACCGCUGGGGGAGCGUGCACAAUAGUGAACCACAGAACAACACACUCCUGCAUGUUAUACCUGCAUAGGGACGUUUCACCGUGGGUCACUAUACAGUAGCCAUUGUCAUCUCACACCUCCUGUUUGCAUCUGCUUCAGCCCUUGGUUCUAAAUCUUUACUUUAAAGCCCCUGAUAUAUUGCUUUGUCAUAGCUUUGUAUGAAACUGUCAGUAUCCACUUUAUGUAAUUGAGUUAGUGUUGCGGAUUUUAAAACAUCCCCAUGUUUACACGUUCCACGAUCAUUAGAGAUCAGACAAUGGUCUUCAUGCUGGAGAUUGUUCCAUGUGUGGUUUACCUGGUGGACACACAUGAGACGUGUGCACAUUGAACCUGCCAGAGAUUAGCUUAAAGCAGGACCUAGUUCAGUUCCCCGUUGAGCAGUCUGAUUCAGGAAACCCCCUUCUUGAGAUUUCAAACUUUUAAUUUUUUUAGCAAAAUUAUAAGGAUUUAUUGAGCAUGUGAUUUCGCUCGCCUCAUUUUGAGUGUCUCCACGUUUUUACUUUAGUUCCAUCCAAUCAACCCCCGGCCUAUUUGAAAAAGAACAUUUCUAUAACGUUCUGGAUUGAAAAGCACAGACCAGAAAAAGAGAUAUUUUAUUUUUCAGUGUCACUUUAAUAGCUAUGUUAAGAAUUCCAAACUAUGCAAUAAUCUCACAACACAAAGGAUUCACUGCAACACAGAAAUUGACCUUUACUUCAUUCAGUGCCAGCUGAUGCUGUGCGAAUAAAGCAGCAUUCACGGUGUGAAGGCUCCGCUCUUCUCUUUUGCUUUCAGUUUGUGAGGUGUUUUUGUCAACUUUUGUUCUGCCUGUCUGACCUUUUUGGUGUCAUUGGGUGCAAAAGGACAUCAGCUCUGAAGGAAUCGCACGGGAAGUUAAGAACUAUAGUCACACUGUAGAUCCUCCUAGCUUACGAGUUUAUGUUAAAUAUGCACUUUGCAUCUUAACCACUAUAAAGGGCAUUGAAACAUUCAGCACAUGUGCAACUGAGAUAUGUUUUAUUUACCCGGUGAAUGAACAUCUGGAUAUUUUUGCAUCCUGAAGGGUCAGGGCUUCAUGUACUAUUACAUAUAAUACCUAUGUCUGUAUCUGUGUUGUCACGGGUGAAUCCAAAACGCCACAGCUGCUGCUAAACUCUUACUUCCCUGUAUGAUGCUGUCCAGAUGCCCCAUUUUACUGUGGCCACUCUGAUCUGUCAACAGGCAGCGAGCUCAGCAUCAGUCCACAAUUGCAUUUCAACACUUUAAUGUAUUGUUUCCUAUUUAUUUUCAUAUGUCAGAUAUAUUUGGCACGGGCAAAUUGACUGUUUCCCCAUCGAGUCAGAUGUCACGGUUAUUUCAGAGAAUGUACCUGUAAAAUGAAUGUGUGCAGAGGACAUGCCCGAGUACUUUAAGGGCGGGUGACGAGUGCUACUGGGAGGAACAGCCGUUGUUCUGUUGUAGAACCUGAGGAAAGCGUAGGGCGCUUAAGGCGGUACUGGAGUAUUGUUCAGCAAAGAUGGCUCAGUUUUGUGAAAAUCCUUCUCCUGUCAACACAAGAGACUAAAGACUCCCUCACGUCUGGCACUUCAUGGUACUCUUUCCUCUCAAGACUUGAAAUAAAUCGAUAAAUGUUGUUGUGCGUAAACUAAAUCACAAAGCUUCAGUGACUAGUAAAGUUUAUUUUGUAUUCAUAUAUAAAUGAGAGUUGCUUUCUUUCAAUAGGUUAUCACAGAUUUACUGAAGUUCCUGAAACAGAUGCUAUGUAACGCAUGAUUGACCCUUGUGAAUCACUUGCACUUUAAAAUAUACCCACAUACAUAUAUACCCAUACUGUGUAUAUGUUUGGGUUUCUCCUCUGUGCUGAAAAGUCAUAAAAGAUACAAAUGCAUCAAUUGUGUGUCUUUUGCUGAUCGGAAAUAAAAUAUUUAUCAUAUCUGGCA